CUUUCAGUUCUGAAUCACUUUUGAUGAAUUGAAGUACCAUUGAUGUGAGAGAGGGAGAGAAGAAUCUUUCAGUAUGUCCACUAGUGCAGUUGUGCCUCCAGAUAGGAGGAGAAGACGUGUUCGUGCACCAGUUGAUCAUUCUGAUAAUAUCUCUGAGUCUGGAGAAGAAGCUGAUUUGGGUAGUGGAGGUGGAGAAAGUGAUUACACUGAUGCAGAAGACAAUCUUGCCACUCCAUCUGAAGGUGACGAUGAUGAAAGAGCUCCUGAUGAAGAAGGUGGCUUGGAGGCUCUCUCAGAAGGAGGCCUUGACAAGGAUGAACAGGAUGAAGAGAAGCAUCCUUUAGAUGAUGAUGAGGACCGCAGGAAUCCACAAUAUAUUCCUAAAAAGGGGUCUUUUUAUGAGCAUGAUGACAGAACUUCUUCAUCUGAAGCUAAGGAGGAAGUGACCAAGAAAGAUGUUAAAGAGGAGAAAAAAAAGGUAUGGAAGGAUGCAGGUGACCGAUGGAUGCAUGACAAGUUCAAUGAGAAUGAACAGAUCCCCAAGUCUCGAGAGGAGCUCAUAUCAGCAUAUGGUUAUGAUAUUCGAGAAGAGGAUGGUCCACCCAGGGCAAGGAGGAGACGCAGAUAUGGGCGUGGCCCAAACAAGUAUGAUAGAAGAUGGGAAGAUGUUGAUGCCUAUUCAAAGCCUGUUAGAGGGUUUCCUGGACGUGGCAGAGGAAGAAGAGGAUAUGACAGAGGUUUUUAUCGUGGUGGAAGGGGAGAUUUUGCCAGACGUGGUCAGCCAGAACUGAAGGAUUGGUCAGAUCGACCAUAUCCUGUUCUUGAUGAUGAAGAUUAUUUCCCAUCCUUGGAAAGUGCAACUGCUAGGCAAAGACCUUUGAGAAAUGAAGAUUUAGACCCUGCCCAAGAUACAAAACGGAGCUACAGUGAACCAAGAGACAUAAUACCAUCCUCAAAGGAAGUGAAUGGCAUAAAUAAGCAUGACAAUAUGGCUGAAUCAUUUGACUUUUUGUCUGGAAUUGAAAGAGUGGAAAGAGAAACACAGACUGAAUCUCGGUUCUCAUACAGUCCUCGCUCCUCGUGGGUUAGAGGUGGAAAAAUCAGCCAUCGCCCUGGUGGCAAGCAAGUGGAACCACGUAGCUCAUCAGAGGGUCGGACUGGGAGAAAAGUUGAACUUCCUAAUGCUGAUGAGUCUCCUCCAAGUGAGCGAAAGGUUGAGCCCAAGGAGAAAAAGCCUUCACGUGGCAGUGGUGUUAUUCAUCGACAGCCAGAAGUUCCUCCUCGUUUGCAGGAAAGCCGCUCAAAGCGUUACUCAACUCAGAGGACUCGGAAUCUCAUGGAGGGGAUGGCAGGGCCUUCUCCUUUCCAACAAGGACAAAAUUUUUAUGAAGAUGGAUAUCAGGGGCAGCUGUAUGUGGAUACAACAGAAGUGGCUCAAACAUCAACAACAUUUUCUCCAGCCACUGCUCCACCAACUGCACCUCCUUUUCCAGCUCCCCCAACAUUCAUCCCAAGUACCCAGAGUCCUAGACUCUUUGCUCCACCACAUCCUCCUCCCCCUCCCCCAGCCCUUCCCUCUAGUUACUUGCCUUCUCACCCUCCACCUCCUCCUGAUGGUACUAUGCUCAAUUUCCCUCCUAGUGCUCAAUAUCCUACUCAGUUUCCCCCUCCUCCUGCUUUUCAAGGGUUUCCUCCCUUGCCUGUGUCACAACCCCAGGAAAUCUUCAGCAAUGGUGUUGCCUACUACAAUACUCAUAAUCAAGUUAUGCCUUCAAGAACUAUCCCCACUAAGAGACCAAAAGCUGCCAUCCCAAUAGUUCCUCCUCCAGAAUUGCAAGGAAAACCAGAAGAGUCUCAGCAAACUGACAGGAUGGAAUCUGGUGCAGAAGCAGCCAGGGAGGAUGUAUUAGUGGAAGAUGAUGAAUCCUUGAAACUUCCAGCUUCAGAUCACGAUCCUACCCAGGUUGUUUCUUCCCUGGCUGAUGCUGUGAGAGAAAUGGCCAUUCAGCCUGAUGAGCAGAGUCACAUUGAAGAGUGUUCUACAGAUGACACAUUUGAAGCUGCCAUCCCCUCUAAGAUAGCCCAACAAGAUGAAGAGAUACCUCAUAAUGUUGAAAUAUUGGUAAACAUGGGAGAAACCCCAAGACAAAAUGUAACUGAUGGAGUAGAUGUUGAAAAAGUCCCUGAUGUGUCUGUUCAGUUUGAUCAUUCCCUUGAGAGGGACAAUGAAAAAUCAAAUGGAGUUAUUGGAGAGGUGAGUCUAAAUACCCAUGAAAAAGAUGAAAAGUCAGGUCAAGGAAAGGAAGAGGCAGAUCCACAUACCCAAGGAAAGGAAGUUGAAAUACCAGACCAAGCCAUUGAAUCAGUGAGUGAAAGUAAGGAAAUAAUGGAAGAAAAAUUGUUUGACAAUGAUUUGAAGAAGCCCUGUAAGAGCCUCAUUGGUGCUAUUGUGUAG